AGCAGCACCUGGAAAGAACAACGACGAAGAAUCGACAAAAAGACUUGUGGCAUCAACAAACUUUGACUGCAUGCAGCAUCCACACCUCUCUCCAAGCAAGUCCCUCUCUUGAUCAUCAGAAAUCCUACUACCGGUACCAGCUAGACUCGACUCACCAACUCACUGACAAGCCAGAGCUAUACAAAACAGAAUAGACCAUGGGAAAGGAAGAAGUAGUGGAGUCGCUGUUGCCGGAUUAUUCGGAGCGCAGUCGGAGCGGUCAACCGAGGCCCGAACCAAAGAUUGACCCAGAGCGGGUAGCACUGGAAAACAAUGUCCGUAUUGGCGACGCUACCAUUAUGGAGUUGGAGAAGAAACGCGUCAAUGUACGUGCCGACUACGAUGUGGCACUGGAUGAAUACGAGGAAGCCAAGUUGGGAGAAAUGAAAGAAAAGCUCUUUUUCAAGGUCGAAGUUGACCGGUUGAAAAAGAAGAAUCACGUGACGGACUCUCGAGUCAAAACACUGGGAGAGGACAUGCAGGAUGCCAGUGCCAGCAUGGAGUAUGCCACUCUCAUUGUAGAGCCGCCCAAGGACAAGAACGACAAAGCAAAGGCGCGAAAUUACGUCCUCAAACUGCAAAAGCAAGUCAUUGAGGCAGUGGAAAACAUGCAAGCUGCACCCAAAAAGCUUGCAAAUUUGGUGGAUAAUUUUGAUGAAGCAGUCACAAAACUGCGAACACAACUCAUGGAGAUCAUGGAGGAACGGAGUCGAACAGAAGUUCAGCUCAGAAAACAAAUUGGAAUUCUGCAGGAUGAAAUCGAAGAAAUGGAGGACCGGUACAAGGAACGAAUUCAAGACUCGGAGGACAAAUUAGAAUUGCUCAGGGCAAAAUGGGAUAAAAAACAGACGUUUGAGGAUUUAGAAGAGGAGUUGGAAGAAGCUGAUGGCAAACUCGAGGAGUUGCAGGAACUUCAUGAGCAACAAGAAAAGACCAUCAAAAAGCUCAAGGCUUCAAAACGAAGUGCAUCAUAGCGGGGACUGUGGAUAUUGGAGGGGGAGACUCAAUCAAACGUGAAAUUUCUGUAAACUAGAAGAGUGCUCUCCCCUCAGAUGGAUUGAUGAAUGGAUGGAUUGUUUCUGACAAUCGCUUGUAAAAACAUGUUUUCUGUGAAUGAACCUCGAUGAGUCGAGUGACAGUCGAGUGAGUGAGUCGAGUUGACUCCCAAUGAACCAAAACAUGCUACCUGCUUUGUCAUUGUAACAACGGAUCCGUGCUGGGACGAAAGCGUGUCAGACAAUACCUGCAUCGAGUGGCUUCUGCUCGAACAGUAGACUCGACUUCGCUUGGGCUAGCCUACGGGUCUCUCCUCGAAACUGGAGCCACCGGUUGGCAGUAUGGCAUCCCUCGUGGCGGAUCAGUGCAGCUUUGGGGCUGCGAGCGGCCAACCAAUCCACGGAACACACGAACCUGGAUCAGUAAAUGUAGAUUUAUGUUUCGUUCUUGAUAGAUACCGGUAGAUAGUUUGAUUGUUUCAAUUUUCACAAGGAUGAAAUGCAUUGCAAGGUUCAG